ACUCUUAGUUUAAGUCAAACUACGUUUGUUUCAAAGGUAGAUGUUGAUGUGGAGAUAGCUGAAAGUACUCAAGUCCAUUCAGUUAGACCAAUAUUAGAUGGAAGCGAGACUGAUGAUGUACCAGUGGUAAGAAAGAAUGAAACUGUCUCUUUGAAGUAUGGAAAAAUCUUUAGACGAGAUUCAAACUUUUCAUUGGUAUUUGGAUUUGAAUAUUCAUUAAGUGAAACUUUGAUGAAUGGACAGCUUCACUAUGAAGAAUCAUUUUUCGUUCAUUACUUGGCACCAGACUGGCUACCCGUCUUACCAAAAUCGCUCGUAUUUGUUAUCGACAUAUCGUCCUCUAUGAAAGGCAUUAAGUUGCAACAAUGUAAAUCAGCUUUACGGCAGAUUUUGAGGACUCUGCUGAGUCCAACAGACUCGUUCGCCAUUCUUACAUUCAGCAGUGAUGUAUCGAUGUGGAAACAGUCAUUGACAAUUGCCACUGAAGAUAAAGUAUCUGAAGCAGUUGCCUAUGUAAACGGAUUAUCAGCAUCAGGGUCAACAAACAUUAACGGCGCUCUCUUAACUGCAUUUGAACUGGUCAAACACUCGUUGCAACCAUCUCAUGUACCUAUUAUUGUUUUUCUUACUGAUGGAGAGCCAACGAUAGGAGUAACAGACUCGAGGGAGAUUUGCUUUGAUAUCAAGACGGUUAACAUUUGGUCUGCUUCGUUGUACUGUCUGGCAUUUGGAAAUGAUGCAAACAUGAAGUUGUUGACACAUCUAGCAUAUGAAAACGGAGGUGAUGUUAGGAGAAUUACAGAAGCAAGCACAGCAGUGUCUGAUUUUGUAGGCAUUGUGACUGAAGUAUCAGUGCCACUAAUGAGAAAUGUCCAAAUGUCAUACAGAAGACUUGAUUAUGCUACUAGGAUGGACGUCCCUGUUUACUUUCGUGGGUCAGAAAUCUUAGUAGCCGGACGAAUGCAAUCUGGUAUUGCUAUCAACCAGUUGGAGUUUUCUAUGUCGUAUUCUACAUCGUUGAUGAAUAAGUUUACAGUUAAUCAUACUCUUGAGGCUUUACCAUCCAAACGUAAUGAUAGCCUGCAACGCCUUUAUGCCAACAAGAGAUGCCGUGAACUGUACAGACAAUAUUUAGUUGAAGAUGGUGAUAUGGCAAAUGCCACAUGGAACAGUCUUGUUAACUUGUCACUUAUGUACCAUUUAGUCACUCCAGCAACUGUGAUGGUUGUCAUUCAAACUGUCGCCAAUUCAUCUUUGUAUCAUUCUAAUAAGCAUAGUAAGAUAAUUGGUAAAGUUGUGCACUAUGAUGAUAGUGUCAGUAACAACGGUCACCACCAAGACAUGUUUACUGUAAGUGGUGGGCCACCAGUCAUACAUGGAGAUUCUGGUGCAAAUUAUGUACAGCAGAAGACAAGAUACAGCAAGAGUGUACUUAUUGGUGGGAUUGUAGGAGGAGUUUGUCUGAUUGUAGUAGUUUCAGUCAUUAUGGUGGUGAGAAUUUGGAAAAGGAAGCUUCGGCGAACUCAACAGGAAAUAUCAAGAAGUCAAGAAUUUGAAGUACCUGACGAUAGAGAGACAUUGCUAGAUUCUGUAGACAGAAGUAGCUAGUUGUGAUCGUAUACUGCGUUUAGAUAUUUUUUUAGUUACUACUAGUAGUUUACUAGAGAUCUGGCACAUACAUGUAUAUAGAUAUGGUGAUAAUGCUGAAAGCUAUCGA